CGACGUGUAUUGUAGAUUUUGAGGUCUAAAAGCCUUUGUGUGCGCCAGAUUAGCUCCCUACUAAUCCGCCGCCGCACCUCCUCGAUCUCCGCCCAGCUCCGUUCUUUUCUAUCUAUUCAGUUGUUUCUCCGGUAACAAGCAGCUGAGGAAGAAUAAGAAGAAGUAGCCGUCGUGGUGAUGAUGAUGAUGACGUCACUUGGUGGAGGCGGAGGAGGAGGCGGUGGUAGUGGUGGUGGUGGGAGAUUUGUGCCGUAUCCGCCGCCUCUUUCUGUGCCUCCGUCGGCUCCUCAGUCACCUAACUUCUCUGGUGGUCUCCGAUCACAGCCUUCUUUCCUCGUUGAGCAAGAGAAGUAUCUUUCUGAGUUACUUGCAGAGCGUCACAAGCUUACUCCAUUUUUGCCUGUACUUCCACAUGUUUGCCGGCUCAUGAACCAAGAAAUUUUGCGUGUAACCACGCUGUUGGAGAAUGCCUUAAGUCAGAGUAGGUUUGAUCACCCUAGCCCUCUGGCUUCUGGAGGGAUAUUUCAGAAUGCAAGAGCUGACAUGAACGGAUGGGCCUCACAAUUUCCAUCAGAAAGAUCUGUUUCAUCAUCCCCAGCACCAAAUUGGCUAAACUCUCCUGGUAGCUCGUCCGGUCUCAUUGUCAAGCGAACAAUCAGGGUGGAUAUUCCAGUUGACAAAUACCCAAACUACAAUUUUGUCGGUCGCCUCUUGGGUCCUAGAGGAAAUUCCCUCAAACGAGUUGAAGCGAGUACUGAUUGUCGUGUUCUAAUAAGGGGUAGAGGCAGCAUUAAAGAUCCGAUUAAGGAGGAAAUGAUGAGAGGCAAACCUGGGUAUGAGCACCUCAAUGAACCACUCCACAUCUUAGUCGAGGCAGAAUUACCCAUUGAAAUAGUGGACGCACGUCUCAUGCAAGCCCGUGAAAUACUUGACGAUCUACUUACUCCCGUGGAGGAAACCCAUGAUCUCUACAAGAAACAACAACUACGGGAAUUGGCGCUUCUCAAUGGUAGUCUUCGAGAAGAAGGAUCUCCAAUGUCUGGUUCCAUCUCACCUUACAAUAGCCUCGGCAUGAAGAGAGCUAAGACAAGGGGCUAAAAACCACGUCUCAAUUCAUAUUUUUCCUUGCCUCUCUCACCUUUCCAAGAAGGUAUAUAUGCACCGUAACAGCUUCCUUCAAACAAGAAGGAUUUGGAGAUUCUGUCUCCAUCCCAUUCCUCCUCUUCCUCGGGCUACCGGUACUGUCUCUAAUCCCUGGAAUAAAAAAAACACACCAUC